GCUUCAAACAAAACCCAUCUCCAGGGUGACUGAGAGGAGCUGAGCUUUCUGAGGCUGGAACCACCCACCAUGUCUGUGUCUCCCACACCUGAGCAGCAGGACUCUGUUCUUAACAUCACAGUGCAGAUGAGUACAAAAUCGAAUUUAGAGCCUGUGGCUGAGGCACAUCAAGCAUUUGCCCUAUUCUACGUGAUGGAGAUCCUCUCUCUGGUCAUUGCCCUGGUUGGGCUGGUGGGGAACAGCAUCGUCCUGUGGCUCUUGGGCUUCCGCACCCAGAGGAGCCCCUUCUCUGUCUACGUCCUCAACCUGGCCGGGUCCGACGCCCUCUUCCUUGGUAGCUGCUUUGUAUUGUGCAUGUGGGAUAUUGUUGGAGAUUUAAAGGCUCCUGUCCAGAUGCUAUGGAUCUACAUCCUACAAUUGUCCCACAGUGUGGGCCUGAGCCUGCUGACUGCAAUCAGCACUGAGCACUGUCUCUCUGUGCUCUUCCCCAUCUGGUACCAAUGUCACUGGCCCAGGCACAUGUGUGUGACUGUGUGCACUGUUCUAUGGGUUCUGCCAGGCCUGUUCUGGGGAGCAGUUGUGGCUCUUUGUUUCCUUCAUAAUCUCAACGUUUUCUACCCUGAUCUGCACUGUGUCCUGUUCGGGUGGUUCGUCCUCCUCACCUGUGUGUUGUGUGUGUCCAGCCUGACCCUGGUUCUGUGGGUCCAGUGCAGCUCCCAGUACCAGAGGCCACCCCAGCUCUACCUCCUGAUCCUGCUCACAGUCCUCGUGUUCCUGCUCUUUGGCCUGCCCUUUGGGAUUAUUCAUGCAAUUAGGAUGUUCAGUGGCUCACCUAUAAUGCCUUAUGGGCUCCCAAUGCUCCUGACCUGUGUGAACAGAAGCACAAAUCCUUUCAUUUACUUUUUCCUGGGCAGCAAAUGGUGCAGAAGUGGGAGGGAACCUCUCAGGGUGGUCCUCCAGAGGGCUCUGGGAGAGGAGCAGGAAGAGGGGUUUGGGGCAAGGUACACUUCCCACCCCAACACUCUGGAUAAAUUAUCCUGA